CCGAAUCGGCCGCGCAAAGUAGUACCAGUACCGACUCCCUUCGCGACCCGAAAUGGGGGUCACCAGAGGACUUCCAAAAGGCGAUCAAGGAGCUGGAGGCUAACUUUGCGGGGAAUUCAGAGGUGACGGUGGAGACGGACCCUGAGGUGCUACACGUCCACGGGUAUUCGGAAAACGACCAUCACCCGGCGCAUGCGCCGACUGUUGUGGUGACCCCCCACACUACGGAGGACGUCGUCAAGAUCGUGCACAUCGCGAAUAAGUACCGCAUGCCGAUCACGGCGUACUCUGGUGGGACGAGUCUGGAGGGGCAAUUCCGUUCGAGCCCCGUCGGUGGCAUAUGCAUCGACAUGGGCGGGAUGAAUAAGAUCCUCGAGAUCCAUGAGGAAGACUCGGACCUCGUAUGCCAGCCAGGCGCAGGGUGGAUGGACAUCAACGAUACACUCAAGGAGAAGGGCCUGCAGCUGUUCUUCCCGUUGGAUCCAGCACCGAGCGCCACGAUAGGUGGUAUGCUCUCUAAUGGGUGUUCUGGAACGAACGCUGUCCGGUACGGCACCGCCAAAGCGGAGUGGUUUCUCAACGCCACCGUCGUCCUCCCCUCCGGCGAAGUGAUCAAGACCCGUCGGCGCGCUCGCAAGUCCUCGGCAGGGUUUGACACCACGAAGCUCUUCAUCGGCGCCGAGGGCACGCUCGGGAUCGUCACCGAAGUUACGAUAAGGCUCGCCCCGCUCCUGCCCACGACGGUGGCGGUCGUGCACUUUCCCGACGUCCGUAAGGCGGCUGCUGCCGUGCGCGAGAUUCUCAAUCGGGGUGUUGGAAUAGAAUGUGUCGAACUAGUGGACAACGAAUUCAUGCGUGCCACCAACCUCGUGCACGCGCCGGCCCCGCCGCGGUACCCCGAGCUCGACUCCCUCUUCUUCAAGCUCCAGGGCCCCACGCCCGCCUCGCUCGCCGAGACUGCGCGCAUCGUCAAGGAGGUCGUGAGUAAACCCGAGUAUGGCGGGAGCGGGUGGAAGCUGGCGAAGAACGACGAGGAGGCGGCGGAUAUUUGGAUGGACAGGAAGAACGCGCAUUAUGCGGGGCUGGCGCUGUUGCCUGGGGCCAGGGGAUGGGCAACGGACGUUUGUGUACCGAUAAGCAAGCUCCCGGACCUGGUGUACGAAACGAAGAAGGAUAUUAAGGACUCGGGUCUGACGUCUCACAUCGUUGGACACGUUGGGGAUGGCAAUUUCCAUGCGCUGCUGCUCUUCCGUGACGACGCCGAGCUGGCAGUUGUGCGCGACGUUGUCCACCGGAUGGUUGAGCGCGCAAUCGCGCUCGACGGGACAUGUACGGGGGAGCAUGGCGUCGGCAUGGGCAAGAAAGAGUACCUAUACGAGGAGCUUGGCGAGGGUACUGUCGAGCUCAUGAAGGCGAUCAAGCGCACGAUCGACCCGCUGAACUUAUUCAACCCCGGGAAGCUUUAUCCCGAAGAGAAGGAUUCAAAACACCCGAGACCCUGAUAGAGGGGAUGGAUGGGCUCGGAGUGCUGGAUGGGAUAGAUGCUCUUUGCUUGGAUCUAGGGUAGAUGCUCUCUAGGAAUAUACCAAAGGUACGCGUGGCCUUUUCAUGGACUAUUAGUCGUGAGCACCUUGGCAGUGCAUAGAAG